AUGGCCUGGUCCAAGUGCGCCAUGGGAGGCACUUGCACAAGUCAACAGGGAUCCGUCGUCAUCGACUCAAACUGGCGCUGGCUUCACACCACUGACGGGUAUGUCAACUGUUACACCGGCAACGAGUGGGAUGCAGCGCUCUGCCCUUCCAAUGCGGAGUGGGGCACUUAUGGUGCUACGACUAAUGGUGAUGCGUUGACAUUGAAAUUUGUCGCUGAGGGCGAAUUCAGCACGAAUAUCGGCAGCCGUCUGUAUCUACUUGAGUCGGGGAGCAAGUAUCAGGGCUUAACUCUGCUGGGGAAUGAGUUCACCUUUGAUGUCGAUGUAUCUAAUCUGGACUGCGGUAUUAAUGGGGCUCUUUACAUCUCGUCCAUGGACUUGGAUGGUGGUGUAAGAAAGUUUUCUAGCAACACGGCUGGUCCAAAAUGCGGAACUGGAUACUGCGACUCUCAAUGUCCGCGGGACGUCAAUUUUAUUGACGGUGAAGCUAAUGUGGAAAGCUGGGCCGCUUCCUCCAACGAUGCAAACGCUGACAUUGGCACCCUUGGUGCUUGCUGUGCCGAGAUGGAUAUCUGGGAGGCCAACAAGGAUGACAAGGCUCUCGCCAACUCGGAGAGUUUGAUUACCGGUGUCUCUGGAAAUUCCGUUACUGAAGACUACUGCGUGGCGCAAAGGGCAGCUUUUGGUGACAACACUUCUUUCAUGGACAAAGGAGGCUUAGCCACACUGAGCGCGGCAUUAGCUAAGCCCAUGGUCCUGGUCAUGUCCCUUUGGGACGACCAUGCUGCUAACAUGCUUUGGCUCGACUCCACCUACCCCAUGGACAGUACCAAGCUCGGCGCUACUCGUGGCUCCUGCGCUACGAGCUCUGGUGUGCCCGCUGAUGUCGAUGCUGAGCAGCCUCGAGGUACGGUCACAGUCCAGGCCGGCAACAACUUAUUUUCCAAUAUGAAGGGACAUGCUUUCGAUAUAUACGAUAGCACUAGUGCCCUACUGGAAGGUAACAUGUUUGGAAGCGUUGAUUCACCAAUGGCGAGUUACACUGGACUAAUCUACAAUGUCCCUGAUUCGAGUAGUGCCUCGGCUUGUUCGAGUACCCUUGGCCGGGCGUGCGAAGUCAACACAGUGACGGGCUCGGGCGGCUGGCCGAGCUUGACGAAUACAGCUGCGUUGACUACAAUUAACAGGUAUACAUCCAAGAUGUAUGUGGUUACGCCUCUUCCAGAUAGUAGCGUUAAGAGUAAGUUUACGGGCAACGCUGGGGUUGGGGAUAUCUGA